AUGUAUGCAGAUGACUGUGUUAAUCCAGAUCAAUUUCCGAGGUGUGCAAAAUGGUUUGGUGUUGAUUUAGCUGCAUUUCAGCUACACCAGGAGGUCCUUAUUUUAACUGUCACUAUCAUCGUUGUCAUCAUCAUCACCAUCAUCACCACCACCACCACCAUUGUCCCUGACACCACCACAACAAUCAGACUAUUAUGUACAGCUCUUACUCCAAUUCAGCAAUUUCAUGACAUCAUGUUUUUCAAAAUGUAUGGUAUAUUCUCCCAGAGAAGAUCUUGGCCAGUAUGGAUGGUGAUUCUUAUCUUUAUUGGAGUGACAACAAUCUUGGGAGUAACUGUUGGUCUCCUUGUUCAUUUUCUGGCAGUUGGAAAGACUUUCUAUUAUCAAGGUGAUUUUCAUAUUUCUGGAGUUACACACAAUGAUAAUUGUGAAUAUGGAGCUUCACAAGCCAGCACAGAUCUGAGCAAAAAUAUAGAGACUAAGAUGUCUGAUGCUUUUCAAAAUUCUAGAAUAUAUAAAGAAUAUAUCAACUCUCAGGUCAUCAAACUUCGUCCUGAUCCCAAUGGUUCAAGUGUACAGUUACAGCUGACAUUCAAGUUUUCUCCAGCAAAGAGGCAGAGCAUGAAGACUGAAAUCAAAGCUAUCCUACAUCAGAUAUUGAAAGACAACAUGGCAUCCUGGAACUCAGUCCCUACUUCCCUUAGACUCACAGAAAUCAGCAAGGCUAAUGUUGAAAUCCUUACCAACAACUGUUGUGGGAGACAAGCCAACAGUUUCAUAGCAGGCAACCGAAUUGUGAAUGGGAAGAAUGCCCUAGUGGGGGCAUGGCCAUGGCAAGCCAGCAUGCAAUGGAAAGGCCGGCACUACUGUGGGGCAUCUCUGAUCAGUAGCAGGUGGCUAUUAUCUGCAGCUCACUGCUUUGAUAUGAAAAAUAAUUCAGGAGAUUGGACUGCCAACUUUGGAACUGUAGUAAAUAAACCAUAUAUGACACAGAAAGUCCAAAACAUUAUUUUUCAUGAAAAUUACAGCAGACCUGGGGUUUAUAAUGAUAUCGCCCUUGUGCAGCUUGCUGAGGAAGUCUCUUUUACGAAGUACGUUCGUAGGAUUUGUCUUCCUGAAGCCAAAAUGAAGCUUUCAGAAAAUGCCAGUGCUGUAGUUACAGGAUGGGGAUCACUUUAUAUGAAUGGUCCCUUGCCAAUGAUACUUCAAGAAGCUUCUGUGAAGAUUAUUGACAACAAAGUUUGCAAUGCUCCACAUGCAUUAGGUGGCCUCGUGACUGAUGAAAUGCUAUGUGCGGGAUUUAUGUCAGGAAAAGCUGAUGCCUGUCAGACUGAUUCUGGUGGACCACUAGCUUACUCCGACUCUAGAAAUGUCUGGCACCUUGUUGGAAUAGUAAGCUGGGGUGAUGGAUGCGCUAAAAAGAAUAAGCCAGGUGUUUAUACUCGAGUCACUGCUUAUCGUGAUUGGAUUACAUCCAAGACUGGGCUCUGA